AUGUGUGUCUACUAUAAAGAAGAGAAGUCUACCUCCAAUGAUGUACUUGUGAAGCAUAAUUUACAACAGUCAACCUCCAAUGAAGUAUUGAAGAUUCAUGAUUCCUCAAAUAAUAGAGGUCGUAAAGUAAGACAGGUUGGUGAAGAUAAUCUAUGGAGUACUCCACUUUUGUUGAAUCAAGGGGAAAAAGGCUCUACUUCAGCCCCAACAGCUCAAUUACUGACAUCUUCUUCGAGUAUCAAUUCGUGGGAAAUAAAAGAGGGUCAAAUAUUUGAGAACAAGCAAGAGUUGAAGAUGAAACUCCAUCUUUAUGCAUUAAAGAAAAACUUUGAGUUUAAAGUAAAGAAGUCUGCGAAAAAUAUAUGGUGUACAGUAUGUGUUGAUGAUAAAUGCAAAUGGAGGUUGAGGACUACAAAAUUGGUUAAUUCCAAUAUGUUCGAGGUUCGUAAAUUUUUCGGUGAACACACAUGCUCAUUGGAUGUUCGACAUAAAGAUCACCACCAGGCAUCCCCAUGGCUUAUUGGACAUGUCAUAAGGAGAAAGUUUGAGGGUGAUGAUGUUAAUUACAAGCCAAGGUCAAUUGAAAAAGAUAUGAGUUUAUCAUAUGGAGUUCAUAUGAGCUAUGCUAAAGCUUGGAGGUGUCGAGAGCAUGCAUUGGCUUACAUAAGAGGUACACCAGAAUCAUCAUUUCAGAAACUUCCCUCAUUUCUAUACAUGAUGGAGCAAAAAAAUCCUGGCACUGUUACUCAUUUGCAGAUGGACAAUGAAGGUAGGUUGAAAUAUUGCUUCAUGGCCUUAGGUGUUUCUAUAAUGGGGUUUAAAACAUAUAUUCACCCAGUUAUAUGUGUAGAUGGAACCUUCUUGACUACUCGGUGUGGAGGUACUUUGUUAUGUGCCAUGGGACAAGAUGCUAACAAGCAAAUAUAUCCAAUUGCAUUUUCAGUAGUUGACUCAGAGAAUAAUGACUCAUGGUUGUAUUUUCUACUGAGGUUGAAGGAAGCGAUUGGUGAAGUGGGAAUCUAG